GGGCAAACUGUAUCCUUUGUGGCAUCGCACUACCACUACAUAAUAUACGUACUUCUGUCCCUCUCCGCCUCCUCGCUCAACAUCCAUCUAGGGUUUGAACAAUAUGCAACCAGCAAAUUCCAUGGUUCCACAACCAAUGGCGGCGGCUCCGCCACAACAGUACCAACAGCAGCAGCCGCCACAACAGUGGAUGGCUCAGCAGCAGCAGCCGACGUCAUACCAGGUUCCGCCGCAGCAAUCCGGCUAUUAUUACCAGCAACAACAGCAGCCACAACAAACUCAGUACAACGCGGCGGCAGCGGGGUCGGCGGCUCAACCGACGAGUGCCGAUGAAGUCCGGAGCCUGUGGAUCGGAGAUCUACAGUUUUGGAUGGAUGAACAAUACAUCCAUAACUGCUUCGCUCAUACUGGAGAGGUGGUCUCUGUUAAAGUUAUCCGCAACAAGCAAACUGGACAAUCAGAGGGUUAUGGAUUUAUUGAGUUUAUUAGUCACGCGGCUGCAGAAAAGAACCUACAAGCAUAUAAUGGCACCUUGAUGCCUAAUAUUGAGCAACCCUUUAGGCUCAACUGGGCAUCUCCCGGUUCGGGCGAAAAACGUUCAGAUAAUGGUCCUGAAUACUCAAUUUUUGUUGGAGACUUGGCAGCUGAUGUAACUGAUUAUAUGCUUCAGGAGACAUUCAGGGCCAGCUACCCCUCAGUCAAGGGUGCCAAGGUUGUCACUGAUAGGGUCACUGGGCGCACAAAGGGUUAUGGGUUUGUUAAAUUCGGGGAUGAAAGUGAGCAAUUGCGUGCUAUGACUGAGAUGAAUGGGAAGUUCUGCUCCACUAGGCCAAUGCGAAUAGGUCCUGCAGCUAACAAGAAUAGUGUAGCUGGUCAGGUGCAAGCUUCUUAUCAAAGUACCAAUGGAACUCAAAAUGAGGAUGAUCCUUCUAAUACAACUAUAUUUGUUGGGAAUUUGGAUUCCGAUGUGACGGAUGACCAUCUAAGGCAGGUUUUCGGACAUUAUGGACAGCUGCUUCAUGUGAAAAUACCAGUAGGCAAACGUUGUGGUUUUGUUCAAUUUGCUGACAGAAGUUGUGCUGAGGAAGCUCUACGAGUAUUGAAUGGAACUCAGCUGGGUGGACAAAGUAUCCGCCUUUCAUGGGGUCGUAGUCCUUCCAACAAGCAGGUUGUGCAGCCUCAGGCUGACCCAAACCAGUGGAAUGGUGGUGGUUAUUAUGGUUAUACAGCUGGAUAUGAUGCUGCCGCCGCCGCCGCCUAUGGUUAUGCUCAACCUGCUCAGGAUCCAAAUCUAUAUUAUGCAGGCUAUGCUGGGUACGGAAAUUACCCUCCACAACAGCAGCAACCACAGUGAUGUGGUGAUUGAAACGAGCAAUUGAUAGCUUCCUACCACGUGCAACGGCAUAGAAAAGGGAAGCACGCGAAGUUUGCAUCAGAUAUAUUAUAAGAUCGCUACUGUAGGCUAGUCCUUGAAGAUAGUGUUUACGGUUGUGUUCAACGUCACUUAUUUUUCAUUAGUUUAUUUUUUUUCUUCUUUGAUCUUUUUGGUUUGUUAUCGCUAAUAUUUCUUUCAUGUGUCCAAUUUUGGUGCUUGGAUAUUUGUUGUUGUUGGCCAAGAUUAAUACUUCUAUGGUAUUGGCCGGUCAGGGGCUAAACGGUUAUUAUAAUCUGCUGUGAUUCAUCUUUUAAUUCAUGUUUCUAAGUAAUGGCUUUUGUUUGAC